AUGUCAUCCGAUGAUUUUCUGAAUGCGUAUCAAAGAUUUCUAAGCAGAAGAGGUAACCCAGAAAAAGUCUUCAGUGAUCGCGGAACAAAUUUUGUAGGCGCUAAUCAUGAGUUACAAGAUGCAUUUAAAACAUGGCAAGAUGAUAAAAUCCAACGUAUGGUGCAUUUAAGCGGCACUGAAUGGAAUUUUAUUACGCCAUCAGCUCCCCAUGAAGGCGGCAUUUGGGAAGCUGCAGUGAAGUCAAUGAAACAUCAUCUCAAGCGUGUGAUGGGACCUCAAAAGUACUCACUGCAAGGCAUUACAACUCUAUUAGCAAGCGUUGAAGCGUGUCUUAAUUCAAGACCUUUAUGCACUCUUUCCGAUGAUCCUGAAGAUGCGCAAGCGUUAACUCCCGCACAUUUUCUUAUAGGCAGAUCGUUGAAACUUCCCUUACACGAAAAAGCAGAUGCGCCACCAUAUAAUGCGAAGCGUUUGUUCAUUCAGUUGCAAUGUCAAAUUCAAGCGUUCUGGAAAA